AUGAAGAAAGAUAUUCAUAAAAUUCCGAAUAACCGUUUAAAAAGACUUAGACUUAAGCUUUUAAUUUAUGAAAUAGAGUUGCAAUACUUACCAGGUCGUUAUAUGUACAUUGCUGACCUUUUAAGCAGAAAUUUUAUUAAAAGGAGUAGUAUUGGUGAGGAAAGUCUAACUGAUGUCAUUCAUACAGUGUGUGAUAUUGAGCUAGCAUAUAAAAAUUCAAAAGAACAGGAGUUUAUACAGAAAACCCAAGAUGAUGAGGUACUUGGAAAGGUACUUGUUUAUUGUAAAUCUGGGUGGCCUAGGACAAUUAUUGAGGAUGGUCAGCUCAAACAUUAUUCGAAGUUAAAAAUGAAAUUAUAA